AUUUUCGCUCUUCAUCUUGUUCUUCUUCUUCUUCUUUCAAGAAACACCAAAUUCCAAUCCUUGCAGCCAUGGAUUUUUCUGGCUACAACCAUCAACACUACCAACAGCAGCAGCAGCAGCAACAACAACAACAACAACAAUAUCAACAUGUCUAUGACUACGACCCUUCUCAGAUUCAAUCCUACGAUCAAUCAUAUUCAUACCAACCAUAUUACGCUUAUAAUAACCAAUAUGGAUACUUUCCAAAUACUCAUCAACCCCAAUUUCAAUUUCAACCCGAACCCAUCCCGGUUCACCCUCCUGGAGUCGCCCCAACCGCUCCCGAACCGGCUCCAUCUAGGGCAACACAUGCACCGACUGGGCCAUCUCAAUACCGAGGUAGGGGUGGCAGGGGUGGUAGACCAUUUAGAGGGAAUGGUCGUGGUCGGGGCCAGUUCAAUCAUGAAAGUCCAGCCUCUCACUAUGGUAGGGGACGUGGAGUGGGUGGUGGUAAACACUUCCCAUCUCAUUCUUCUGGACCUGCUAUUUCUAAUGUAACAGGUGCACCUACUGCUGCUGGAGCCACUUCGGUGGUGCAACCUUCAUCAUCAGUCUCUGGGCAAACACCGUUACCUAAACCAACUCAAAUGCCAGCUGCCACCCGUAAGGCAUGUUGUGAAAUUUGUAAGGUUGAGUGCAAUACUCCAGAAAUCUUGGAGCAGCAUAAGAAUGGAAAGAAACAUAAGAAGAAGAUGAAAGUACAUGAAGAAUUACAGAGACGCAACGCCAUAAAUGAACAACAGAGUGGACAGAUUCCUACCUCUCAGUUGAAUUUAGCAGAUCAAACAAAGAAAGUUCAGGAAUCAGAGAAAAAAGGAUACACCACAGAAAAUCUGGGAUCUGAAGUUACAGCUGAUAAUGAUAAGGAUGAAAUAGAGCUGCAGAAUAACGUGGGAGAGACUUCUGAAGUUCCAGCUGAAGAGCCUGAGGGGAAAACCACGGAUAAAUCUGCUGUAAGAGGCCGUGGAUUGAAGCGUAAGAUGAGGGGAGGCAAAGGAGGUAAAUACAUGAGGACUAAUAACGGUUCAAGGCCCGUGGAACUUCCAAAACCUGAGCAAGCUAUAUCUUUUAGAUGUGAGUUGUGCAAUGUUAAAUGUGAGUCCGAGGUUGUUUACCAGAGUCAUCUGACAGGAAAAAAGCACUUAUCAAAACUAAAGCGUGUCCAUGGUCACCAAGCUUCCUCUGGAGUAGCUCACCAAGCUUUGGCUGGAGUAGUAGGGCUUCAAGGACUUUACCCACCUGACAUUAAUGCUCUGUCGAAUGCAAUUAAUGCUCAAAUCCAACAAGGUGAUAAUGAUCCACAGGUACUUUUGGCUCAGCUCCUGAUGACUGUACUAUCUCAAUCACAAGUACCAGCAGUAGCACCACUUACAGGCCAUGUGGCUGCUCAGAUACCAGGACCAGCAUCUGUGGCUGGAGCAACUUAUGAACCCCAGUUGUUGCAGACACAAAUGUCAGAAACCACCUCACAUGUUGAGAUGGACAAUCUUACUGGGGAAGCAAAAAAUGAACUGUUAUCUGUUCCACUGGAGUUAAAUGCUAUGCCAGGUUCUUCAAGCAUUAUCACCCAAAUUGAAGGUGGAAAUUCUGAAACUAAACAGCAGGUGCUAAAACAUCCCCAAGAUAGUUCAGUCAUGACCCCCGCUGACAAAUCAGGUGCAACAAAUGACCACAUACCUUCAGAAUGUGAAGCUCCAACCUCAUAGUAGGAUCAAAGAAGACAUAAUUACUCUCUCUCUCUCUCUCUCUCAUGAUCUUUUUUACUCUUUUGGGCUUAAAUGUUUAUUGUUUAUUAUAUGUUGUUGAUUGAGACUUUCUUUUCUACCUGGGGGAGAUAUAAAUGCUGUAUGAAUUGCUCACAUUGAUGUGACAAUGUGCCAGAA